AUGACACCCGACUUCAAUCUCAAAAAUGACCACAAAAUAUCUCCCAUAACGGUCAACGAUUACAACACGCUUCCCACCGUAACUGAUGCUCGUGAGCAACUGCAGCGGAAUUUAGGGUGCUUGGAUUUCGGGAAGGAUUUUCUCCUCUGUAACGACAUAUGCAAAUUAUUUCUGGAGGGAGCAGAAGCACGCCGAUUCGGGAUUUUCGUCGCGCACCGUCCCAGCAUCCUUCUCGAGGAAGGAGAGCGCAUAGUUACCUCAAUACCAGUGGACAUUUACACUGCAUUACCUCGAGAUAUCCGAACGACUUUCUCCUCCAUCACUCUGCCCAGACCAAAAAAAUGGUGCGAGUCUAGGCAUAUCGUGGCAACCAGCUGGGUUCUCGUCGAUGGAAAAUUUAUGGAGUACGAGUACAACGACAUGACGGGCGUCACCUGCGAUCAUUACCCGUCGCCACCCUCACCGAGCUUUCUGCGAAACUUCCAUCGUAUCUGUUCGGAAUUUGGCCUCACCGGGUUGGGCCUUUUCUCUCUGGACUUUUUCGGAGGCACAGUUGAUUUUGACAAUCUCCUUGUGCGGGAGUCCUGCAAUGGAUUUCCCCGUGGGCGUACGACCAGGUGGCUCCGGAGAGUCGAACUAGAAGGUGACAUGGUCCCGGAGGCUUGGGUUCCUGGAUCGACAAAGGAACCGUGGCUAGUUGGUAGAGUGGAGGACCUCGCGGAGCUCAAGUUCAACUAUCAAUCCUACAAUCGCCUCCACCUCGUUCAAGACGCCAACCAAGAGCUUCGACGUCAAAUCAUGAGGAACGAUGGAUGGACGAAACUUUGCGAUUUUUUCCAAACGAGAGAACUCCGAAGGCUAUUUUUGGAUGGACAGGAGGCAUGUCGAUUUGGAUUAUGCCUCGUUCACCGCCACCACGCUCUUCAUGAAGGCGAACGAAUGGUUAUGAGCUUACAGGUAGACGGGGCAGAGAGUGUGACGAUCUCUUCCCCAAAUCGCUCGGAUGAAACCACCGGAUCUGGUUCCGCGCAGUGCAUCGCCGCGACUAGCUGGAUGCUCGUGGGCGGCAAAUUCGAAGAAUUCGAGCACAAACUGAUCAGUCAAGAUGAGGAUCAUACGCGUUAUAUUCCACCAUCACGCCGCUUCUUUUCGGAGUUCCUCCAGAUCUGUCAGCGCUAUCAUAUUGAUAUCUUGGGUAUAUUUUCGAUGGAGCUUCCCUUCGUCCAACAGUCUCUCAAUAAUAGAAUCGGUGUAGAUGCACCACCUGAUUUCUCGCAAAUCUUUCUAGAGACUACAGACCAAGUCACAAGAGAACAUAGGACGAGGCUAAUUUUGCGAUCAGACACCCGAAACAUGGACACGAGCCAAUCAGCUUGGAUUCUAUCGCGAGUCGGAAAGGAACACGAAAAAUACGUCAAGGCGGUUGAACGGAAUGUACAUAUCGAAGACGAGAAUCAGAUUGCACUCAUGGAGGUGGCUGAAAGCAAUGGCGAUCAAUGGGCGCCUGAUGGAGACUCUGGGUUGCAGCCAUCGGAUGCGACACGCCGCGUGAAGUUGGAUAUGAAGAAGUUCUGGCUGGGAUCGAACAUGUCUGUUCUCGACCCUCUUGGUAACGACGGAAGACUUGACGUACUUAGUUGCGGGUACACCUGCCAAAAUCAUUGA